CCGCGGUCCAGGCCCCUACCCGGCCUGCCCCGCGGCAAGAUGGCUACCUGAAGGAGAGGGCCCUGGCGGAAACUUGAAGACCCAGGGACCCCAGGGACUGGAAGAAUCACAUUGCCUGCUUGGAAAGAAGAGGUAGCAACUUGCCCCAGCCCAACCCCAGAGCGGCUGCUCACACACCAAGCCGUCUGCUUAUAUGGAGCACCUGGAGGGCAUCUGCCAGGAGCCUGCUGCUAACAGCACUAACCAGGAAAGCUGGCUGGCUGGGGGCAAGACACUAACCCUGAGCUCUCGGCUUGAGGAGGUAGAGGGGCCGUGGGGUGUGGGGAGCCGAAGGCUGGCUCCAGGAGCGCAGAGCAGAGAGAGCUGCCCGCGAGCAGACGCAGGUAGACGAGCCCUCACCUUCCAGGAUGACCAGUGCUGCCCCUGCUAAGAAACCGUACCGUAAGGCACCGCCAGAGCACCGAGAGCUGCGCCUAGAAAAUCCCGUAUCCCGGCUUGAACUGGAGGAGUCCUUGACUGACGCAGAGAGGAUGAAACUUUUGCAGCAGGAGAAUGAAGAACUUCGCAGACGUCUGGCCUCAGCCACCAGACGCACUGAGGCCCUGGAGCGGGAGCUGGAAAUAGGGCAAGACUGCCUGGAACUGGAGUUGGGACAGAGCCGUGAGGAGCUGGACAAGUUUAAGGACAAAUUCCGCAGGCUGCAGAACAGCUACACGGCGUCGCAGCGGGCCAACCAGGAGCUGGAGGACAAGCUGCAGGCGCUGGCCUCUGUUAGCCACAGCUGGAUUUUUGCAAUCAAGAAGGCUGAGAUGGACAGGAAGACGCUGGACUGGGAGAUUGUGGAGCUGACCAACAAGCUACUGGACGCCAGGAACACCAUCAACAAACUGGAAGAGCUCAAUGAGCGGUAUCGGCUAGACUGCAACCUGGCUGUGCAGCUCCUCAAGUGCAACAAGUCCCACUUCCGGAGCCACAAGCUUGCCGAUCUGCCCUGUGAGCUACAGGACAUGGUUCGGAAACAUCUGCGCAGUGGUCAGGAGGCUGCCAGCCCCGGCCCCAGCCCUGGCCCCAGCCUGGCCCCAGGGGCUGUGGUGCCCACCUCAGUCAUUGCCCGGGUGUUAGAGAAACCUGAGUCUCUCCUGCUCAAUUCAGCCCAGUCCGGCAGUGCUGGACGCCCCUUGGCUGAGGAUGUAUUCGUGCAUGUGGACAUGAGUGGGGGUGACCCAGCCAGCCCCCCUGCCCCAGACAGUCCCUCUCCACAACCCAACGGGGAGUGCUUCUCAGUGAGUACUGCAGGAGGCUCCCCAGAGGAGGAGCUGCCCCUGCCAGCCUUUGACAAGUUGAGUCCCUACCCUACCCCGUCCCCACCACACCCACUGUACCCCGGUAGGAAGGUAAUAGAGUUCUCCGAGGACAAGAUCCGAAUUCCUCGGAACAGUCCCCUUCCCAACUGUACCUAUGCCACCCGGCAGGCCAUCUCCUUGAGCCUGGUGGAGGACAGCAGUGAGCGGGCCCACCGCAGCCCAGGGCCUAGCAGUCCUGCCUCAGCCCAGGGGUCACCCCAUCACCAGCUCAGUCCAGCCCCCUCAGCACCGAGCGCCCCAGCUAGCUCAGCCAGCUCUGAGGAGGACCUGCUGGCCAGCUGGCAGCGAGCAUUUGUGGACCGCACCCCACCCCCUGCUGCUGUGGUGCAGCGCACGGCCUUUGGACGAGACUCACUGCCCGAGCUGCAGCUGCACCUCUCCCCGGGUCACUCUGCAGCCCCACUGCCUUCCCCUCACCGGGAGCGCGAGCGGGAGCAGGGCCUUGUGCUGCCAACAGAACCCGACUCUGGCUUUCCUCACGAAGAGGAAGAGGAAAUGCUGAAUCUGCCUGUCAGCCCCGAGGAAGAGCGCCAGAGCCUGCUGCCUGAUAGAGAGGGCGCCGAGGAGGGACCUAGCCCUUCCCAUGUUGACGGCAGGGCCUGGCCUCUCCCCACUCCCAGCCGCCCCCAGCGGAGCCCCAAGAGAAUGGGAGUACACCACCUGCACCGCAAGGACAGCCUAACGCAGGCCCAGGAGCAGGGCACCCUGCUCAGCUAGGCCUGCCUGCCUCUGCCACCACCUCAGGGCUGCAUGUGGCCCCGAACUCCCUACAGACCUGGUCAUCUCUGUGAGUGGGCCCCAUGUCAACUCUAGGAGCUGUGUUUGCACUGACUGGUGCCGGCUUGCCUCGUGGUUUUGUUUUCUCUUUGGAAUAUUUAUUCUCCAAGGGUAACAAGUCAUUUGAGCCCCAAGCUCUUUCCGCCAUUCAGUCAGCCUGCUCUUGUCAUGGAAGUGUUGGGAGGGCUUGUUGGUUUUUAUUUUCCAUCUCCUAUCUGAGAGCUCUGGUUGUUAGGGGACGGGAUUGUUGGUGCUGCUGACCUAUUACUCUUCCUCAGCGUGAGCUGAUCAAGGGUGGACUCACUCAGGGCUCCCCAUUCCACAGGGAAGGCGUGACUUUGGGGGCCUCAAACUGGGCUCUAGGUGAGGCCUGGCCUCCUAACCCUGGCGCUAGACUGUUACUCCCACAUUUGGGAAGUUUUCACAUAAUAACUAUUUUAAAAUCAAAUAAAACUUAUUUUACAGGUAA